AUGCUUUCCCCGUUUGUUUCGUGGCUCUUGUCUUCCACCACCUCCUCCUCUUCCUCUUCAUCUUCUGAUGAACAAGAACAAAGCAUUGACAUAGGCGACACUUCAACCGACCAACCAGACCCUGAAAACGACAUUGUCAACGACCAAAACGACAACAAUCACCAAACAAACGGGGACGAAAAUGAUGAGCAUUUUCUUAGUUCAUGCGACGGGGACGACGCAAUUCCCGUUGCUCUUGCCGUUCCCGCCACCGAACCCUCCCCGAGCCCCGCCGUCACGGUGGCCUUUACCGCUGCUGAUGAUAGAAUCCCCGUCACAACCACAGCCGCAGCCACCACCAUCAUGACACAGUCGAAACGGCAGCGUGCCACGAACUACGCAGGCAUGAUUAGGCAAUACCAGAGGCUUUGGACAAAGCAGGACGAGAUAGAACUAUUGAGAGGGUACCUUGAAUGCGUUAGACGAAACAAAGGCGUAAGAAAGUCCCUCCAAAACGACGUAGCUUUGUUCUACGGUGACGUGUGCCACAAGCUAAACGUGGAUUUCAACAAGAACCAGCUUGUUGAGAAACUGAGGAGGCUAAAAAGGAAACACAAGGUGACUCUGGAUAAGGGCAAUUUGGGAAAAGUGUCCUUCAGAAACCCUCAGGACGAGACGAUUUUCGAGAUUUCGCACAAGAUUUGGGGCAAAGACAUUGAUACUGACCAAUUAGAACAAGAAGAAGAAGAAGAAGCAUUGUAUAUGGAUGGUGGUGGGGUUGAUGAUGAUCAUGGCAAGGUUAAGCUGAAAGUUGAAAAGGUUGUGAGUUGUGAUGAGAUUGAGAAAAGGGCGCCGAAGCGGCCGCGACUAAGCAAAAAUCGCGACGAGACAGCAACGGCUGCUGACAUGCAGAUCCAGAGCUUCAUUGAGGAAACCAUGAGGUCUUGUUUCUCACCAUUGAUAAAGGAAUUGUUGGAUGAUGAAGGAGGACCGAAGCCGGUAGAGUUUUCCCCUUCCCUUGGAGAUGAGGGUGAUGAGCAAUGGAGGAAGCAGAGGAUUUCAGAGCUCGAAGUGUAUUUGAAUCGGUUAGAGUUGUUACAGGAUCAGAUCAAGGCUAAAUUAGAAGAGCUUAGGUCAGGUUCAAGGAAUUGA